AUGUCAGGAGCUGGAAGAGGCAGAGGAGGCAGUUUCAUCAGAUCUACCGAUCCACUUGAUGCCGAGAAGUCGAUUGAAGAUUUGGAAAGAUAUUUUGAGAUGAUGGACUGCACUGAGGUGCAGAAAAGGAAGAUUGGUGCAUUUCUUUUAUCUGGGGAGGCGCGCCAGCGGUGGCAGUCAGAGACCAGGAUGGUUGUGGAUAUUGCAACUAUGACCUGGGAUGAUUUUAAAACUCGGUUCAACGACAAAUACUUUCCACAAUCAGUGAAGAAGAAGAAGAAGGCAACUGAGUUCAUGCGGCUGGAACAGAAUAAUGAUAUGUCAGUCAGUGAGUACGAAAGGAAGUUUACAGAGCUAUCCGGAUUCGCUCCUCACAUUGUUGCGAAUGAGUUACACAAAGUCAGAAAGUUUGAGCGGGGGUUGAUCUCUCAUGUGAAGAAGUUUGUGGUAGGUCAUCGUUUUAACACUUAUGCCAAAGUGGUGGAAUAUGUCGUGGCAGUAGAGGAGAAUAAUAACAUUGCCUUUCAAGAACAGAAGGAGCAUAGGGCAGAACAGAAAAGUAAGGGGGCUAGCAGCUCUCAACAGAAUCAGAGCAGCUCUAAACAGAAUCAGAGGGGUCAGCAGCAACAAACUCAAAUAAACUGGCAAGGUCAGUCUUGGCAGAGAGGCAGACAAGAUUGGCGAGCAGGGAAAAGGCAGAGAGUGGGUGAAGGUGAGCAAUCUACAGCUUUAGUACCAGCCACACCUAAUGAUGCACAGCCAUAUCAGUUCAGCGGGCAUUGCUACAAUUGUCAUAAGCAAGGACAUUUGGCUCGUAAUUGUCCCAAGCCUCACAAGAAUAACCAGCAGAGAGGUCAGGCACCACAGCAGCAAGGAGGUGCAAGGGUUUAUGCAGUUGUUCCAGAUGGGAGACAGGACCGUGCACCACCAGCAGUGGAAGGUACACUUACUAUUUAUGGCAAUAUAGAUAGAGUACUAUUUGAUUCAAGUUCUUCAUAUUCUUUUAUUAAACUAUCAUUUGUGGACACACUGGGAUUAGAACCUGAACAUAUGAGUAAUGCCCUAUCUAUUACAACUCCACUCGGGAGCGCGACGACACUUGAUGGAAUAUGUCGUGCUUGUCCUAUUACAAUUGGGGAGUUGGAGUAUCCUAUUGAUUUGAUAGUAUUACAUAUGAAAGACUUUGAUGCUAUACUGGGUAUGGAUUGGUUGGCUAGAUAUCAUGCUCAGUUGGACUGCCAUGAGAGGAUUAUUGUAUUCUCAGUUCCGGGACAGUUACCUUCUUGA